AUGGAUCUAGCAAGUGAAACUAUGAAAUCUUUAGGUACGUCAAGUGAAGAUGACGAAACUUCAGUAAUUGGAAAAAGGUUUGCAUUGCAACUAAAGGGUAUGACAGAAGAUCAACGUUUAUUAUCAGAAAAAAUAAUAUCAGAAGUGAUGUAUUAUGGGAGAAUCGGUAAACUCACAGCUAACUCUUUUCAAUUUUCCAAUCCUUAUCCUGACCCACGUUUUACUUUGCCAUUUGAUUAUUCACAAAGUAAUCAAAUGGCUGCAUUGUACCAACAGCAACAACAAUACCAACCAGAAGACCAUUAUAAUAUUAAUUUUCAAAAGCAACAAUCAACAGUACAACAACAGUACAUUAACAACCAACAACAGUACAUUAACAACCAACAACAGUACAUUAACAACCAACAACAGCUUCAACAUCAAUCAAUGGAUAAUACUGAUGAGCCGACUCAGAAUUCUAUUCAAAAUUUGAAUGACAUGUUGAUAUUUAAAAAGUAA